UAUAAGGUCGGCGCUAAAGAAGCACCAGUGUUCAGUUUGAAGCAUCACCGUGUAACAAUGUUGCUACUAUUUACCUUCGUCUGCUACAUUAUACCGGUGGUAUUGGGGAUUCCUUUAUCGGAGUACGAUUACGACUCAAUUAACGAUAUUAACUUUGGCAAUGAGAACUGGGGUCUUAUUCCUCUUGAUAAUGCUCCAUCCCCUGCCAUACGUGGGGAGAAAUUUGGAUACCAAGGAGAAACUCACGAAGUUACCACUACAGAUGGAUACAUUCUGCAAAUGCAUAGAAUCAUAGGUUCCAGGAAAAGUCCUAAAGCCAACAAUAAGCCUGCCGUACUUCUUGUCCAUGGUCUUUUGGACUGCUCUGCAACUUGGGUGCUGGGAACCCCUGAAAAAGCUUUAGGAUACAUAUUAGCAGAUUGGGGCUAUGAUGUGUGGAUGGGUAAUGUACGUGGCAACAGGUAUUCCCGAAAACAUAAAUGGUUGAAUAUUAAGGAUAAAAAAUAUUGGUCGUUCAGUUGGCAUGAGAUGGGGUUGUACGAUCUACCAGCAAUGAUUGAUCAUAUACUGAAAAUAACUAAUCAAAAAAAAAUCAUGUACAUUGGACAUAGUCAAGGGGGCACUGCGUUUUUAGUGAUGGCAAGUGAACGUCCAGAGUAUCAAGAAAAGAUUGAAGCAGCAUUCCCAUUGGCCCCAGCAUCCUUCAUGUCCCAUAUGACAAACGCUUUCUUCCGUCUUUUGGCCACCUUUGUUGAUGCUCUCGAGGAACUCACAAAAAUCAUAGGCCUAAACGAGUUCCAGCCGUCGAGCAAAUUUAUACAAAAGGUAAUGGCAAUUGCUUGCAAAGAAGAAGCAAUUACAAGUCCACUAUGCACCAGUGUAAUAUUUCUCAUUAGUGGACCAAGCUUUAAACAGCUGAAUAGGACUCUUAUACCUGAAAUUGGUCAAUAUGAUCCUGCUGGAUCAUCUGCUAAGCAGUUUGUACAUUAUGGACAAUUAGUUAAUUCUGGAAAUUUUGCACAAUUCGAUUAUGGCUUAUUUGGUAACUUAAAAACAUAUGGUCGUAGUAGUCCUCCUAAGUAUAACCUUGCCAACAUCAAGAUACCUAUUUAUAUAUACUACGGUAGUGACGAUCAGUUAGUUAGCGAUACGGACGUAAGAAGAUUAUCCAAAGAGCUGCCUAAUGCUCAACGGUACCUGGUUCCAUAUCAACAUUUCAGCCACAUAGACUUUGUCUGGGGUAAGGAUGUCGACACACUGUUAUAUAACAGGGUUUUGAACCGGAUGGAAGUUCACAGAAAAAAGUGAGCCGUCUGGAUGCAUCAUUUACUUAAACGACAACCUGUUCAUACAUACACAUAUCAUUUUUUACGUUAUUAUUAAUAAUACAUAUGUCAAUUCAUAUGCAAUCUUAAAAGAAUGCGGUAAAAUAAAAUAAAAAUUGUAUAUUUUGACUUCUUAA